AUGCAGAAGAUCCUCCGCCGCGUGGCCACCGCCGAGCGGGUGGCCGCGAAGCGCAAGAAGGCGAAGGACCUGAAGUUUUACAAGAAGGAAAAGAAGGAGAGUGUGGGCCAGAGCCGCCAGCAGCUCGGCAUGGUGCGGGAGGACUUCGAGAGGGCGAAGAGGGCAAUCCGGGACGACUGGGCUCUGGGCCCGCUGGCGCCGCGGAACGACGUCGGCGAGUGGGACAGCGCCCACGGCACCGUACACGAAGCCCGUUUCCGCGGUCAGGGCGGCUUGUCACUGGCCAUGCGCAACCGCCGUUGCCAGUGGGCAGGCGGCGCCUACAACUUAAACAUCGCUGUCGGUGACCGCGUCGUGCUGCUCGACGGCCCGGAUAAGGGACGCAUAGGCCUGAUCCGGGAGAUCGACCCCAUGAGGGCUGAGGUCGUGGUUGCCGACCUAAAUAAGAGCAAUAUCAGAAUAGCACAAGAACUACGCCCAGAGGGCGACGAGAAGACCGCCGCGCUGAACAUCGAACUCCCGAUCCCCAUCUCAUCCAUCCGACUCGUACAUCCGAUGAAGGACCCGACGACAGGCGUGACGAAGGACGUCAUCAUCAACCAGCUGGUGCACGGGAGCAAGCUGCACGACCGCGUGUCGGGCAAGAAGGCGUGGAAGCGCGUCGUGCCCGGGCUCAACGUGAACAUCCCGUGGCCGCGCAAGGGCGAGGACUCGACGCGUGACACCAAGGCCGACACGCUGCGCAUCGACGUCGAGGCCAAGACGUUCGUGCCGACGCUGCUGCGCCCGCCCAUGCCCGAGACCGUCAUCGACGAGCUGCGCGGCCGCUACAGCCGCUUCCGCACGCGGCACGAGCCCGAGUACAUCGCCCGCCUCGAGGCCGAGGCGCAGGCCAAGAAGGACCGCGCCAAGCUCAUGGAGAGCAUGCGCACCCCGCUGCAGGAGCUGCACCGCGCCGAGCGCGCCAACAACAAGAAGAAGGGCAAGCCGCGCCUCACCGUCGAGAUGCUCGAGAAGAUCGGCGAGGUCAUCGCCAAGAACCGCGAGAGGACCCUCAACGCCGCCGGUGUUUCAGGUGCUGGUCGUGCGUCGACGAGUGGCAGUGGUGGGGGCUUGCCGCCUGCACCUCAGGUCGGUGGUGAGGGUGUUGUACCGCCUACGAUCAUCGAACCGACAAGUCAGGAGACAGCUCCGCCUUCACCGUCUGCGUAG